AUGUCAGAAGAAAGACCUGAAGCUGUAAUGCUAUCAAAUAAUCGACGGUGGAAUAUUAGUUCCAUUACACUGCUUGUUGCUGUUAUUAGUGUUGCUUUAUACCAAUUAAGUUCAGGUUUUUUUGAGAAAAAUUUUGAAAAAAGUUCAGAACUUAAGUCGAAAGAAAUUAAGUCAAUCAAAGAACCAUCAAAACUUAAGUACAUCCUCUACGAUGGCCUCAACAGAAGUGAUAUUUUAAUAACAGUUGACAGAGUUUUAAGCCGAUUGGGACUAGAAAAGAUUGAAGUCAGUAAUCCAUCAAAUUUACCAAAUGAUUGGAAUCUAUUGUGGACUUUUUAUUAUCACGAAUCUCUAAAUGAAUUUAUAAAUUGGUCGGACAUAAAGCAUCACCAAAAAGUCAAUCAUUUUUCUGGCAAUUACAUGCUAGUGUCUAAAAGCUUUUUAACAACGCAUGGUAAUUUUGAUUUUAUACCAAAAGGAUUUUUAAAUUCUGAGGAUGUCCAAAAAUAUGCCACAGCUCAUCCGAAUAAAAGAUUUGUAAUUAAAUUAAAGUCUAGUCGAGGCGUUAAGCUCAUCGAACCUUCAGAAAUGAAUUUUUCUCAAAAAUCAUCAGACUAUUUUGCACAAGAAUUUAUUGAUGAUCCACUUUUGUGGAAUGGAUAUAAAUUUGACUUUAAUAUUUUUGUGGUCAUUACAUCAGUUAAUCCAUUAAGAGUUUAUUACUACAAAAAAAAUGUUUUCUUAAGAUUCUGCCUCAAACCCUAUAGCACAGCAAACAUUAGUGAUAUUGAUGCUUACGUUAUUGGAACUGAUCAUAUUGCAUGUCAAUCUUUUCCAUAUGUAAAAGCGUAUGUUGAAGCUGGAUAUACCUAUAAGGAUGCAUUUGAAGGUUUCAUAAAAGAAAUUGGAGGUGAUAUCGAUCAAGUUUGGAAACAGGUUGAAAAUGUAAUAAGAAGCACUGUGCUGAUCAAGGAGAAGUAUAUGAUUAAUGGGAUAAACCGACUUAAAGCUUCAAAAAAUUCAUUCUUUGAACUUUAUCGCUUUGACAUGAUUUUAGAUAAAAACCUCAAGCUUUAUUUAAUGGAAGUUAAUAUGAGUCCAUGCACAGUUCCCGUUACAGAUAGAAUGCAUAAUAAAUUAAUGUAUGAGCAUCUUAUGUUUAAUUUAUUUACUCUGAUUGGAAUUGGAACAGCUUAUGAAAAAGAAAGCUUUCAAUUUCCUAACUAUGAUGUCGAAUCGAUGGUUGCUUAUCAUGAUGCAAUAACAGUCAAACCUAAAACAUGCUUGAGCUCAUCCUGUAAUGCUAACUGUACGAGUGAUGCUUGUAAAUUUUGCUGGAACUGCUUAUCUGAAGAUUAUAGAAUUGAAAUGAUUCAAGCACUACAGGAACAAAUGAAUCGAGGAUAUUUCACGAGAGUAUUUCCAGUUCAAAAAGAGGAUAUUAAGGAAGAUCUAUGGAAAGACAUUACACAUUUGAAUAAAUUUUAUAUCGAGUGGUUUCAAGAAAUGUGUAAGAAAAACAAACAAUUUUGUUAA